UGGCUUAUUGUUUUUUUCUCCUUUUACAUCGGAUUUGGACUUCUGGGUUCUGUUCGGUUGUGGGGAAAAAAAAAAAAAUUGGGGUCAAUAUAAGAAAAUUUUGAGUGGGUUUAAUCUUGUGGUCGUGAUUGAUCUUCAUACUCUCUUUGAUCAGAGUGGACUUUGCUUCCAUGUUUUUGUUCGUCUGUAAUAUUGUUUGAAAUUUUAUGUAGGGUUUAAAUAGGCAUGUCUUAGAUCACUUUCAGUCUUAAGGGCAUGUGUCUUUGUGUUUCUUUUACAAAGCAAAGUCUCAGUUCGAGUCUUCAGCAUUAUAUAGCUCUGAGAAUCUCUUUAUACAUUGUCAAACUCAGGACUCAAGACUAAAAGAAUUCACAGUUGGAGACUCUCUACUUUUUUCUUUUUUUUUGGUUUCUAAGAGUGGACCCUUGUGGUUUUCAGGUGCUUCCAGUUUUGUAUUUUUUGGCCAUGGACGCUACAGAACAAGUGAUCAAAGAGCUCACAAAGAUUGAAGGUGAUGACACUUCAACAGUGGAGAUCAAAGUGUUGUUAUUCGCCAGAGCACGCGAGCUCACAGGCGUGCCUGAUUUAACACUGAAGAUGCCAUCAGGUAGUACAACACAGAAAUGCAUGGACGAGUUGGUUCUCAAGUUCCCAAGCUUGGAAGAGGUACGUAGCUGUGUGGUUCUUGCGUUGAAUGAGGAAUAUACAACCGGUUCCGCCAUUGUUCAACACAGAGAUGAGUUAGCCAUCAUACCUCCAAUUAGUGGCGGCUAAUGCAUCACUACUACUAAAGUCCCUUCAUUUGUGUUUGUACUUUUCAUUGGCAUUAGUAAUCAAACAUGUAAAAGUUAAAGGUACUUUUUGUCAUAAAACAACAACAGAAAUAUCUGUCUUAUAAUAAAAGAAAGGUUUACAUCA